AUGGAGGGAGAUCCAGAGGGCUCAGAAGAUGAUGUAGAGGGACAGGACGGAGCAGACCAAUCUCUUGCCACUGUGCUGUGGGAGCAGUGCAUCCAACAGAGCAUCUUUGUGGAUCUCAGUGAGGAUGAAAGUCUACACCUCAGUGAUCUGGAGAGCUCCUUUGCUGCACAUCUCUCCCAGCAAGAGUCUGCUGUGUCUGAGGCCAGCAUCCAUUUCAGUGGGAGUGCCGAGCUGUCAGCCUUAGAAGACUCCUCUCCCGAGUGCAGUAGUGUGAGCAGUCACAGUGAGAGGGUGGUAGAAGGUAAGGCCAAGAGCAGCACAACAUAUGUAUCUGUCCAGAGACCCAACACCAUGCAAAAUGAGCCACCCUCAAACCAAUGGUGUGUUGACCCUGGACAAAGUACUAGUGAUGAAGAUCAAGAAGACCUACCCUAUGAUGGUAACCUUAGUAGCACCUACUUUAAUCACACAGCUAGCCCUGAGGGAAACCUAAGCUCUGAAGGGAGAGAAACUCUUCAAGGAAGCCCUGGCCUUUCUGGUUUGGCUGAAUUAAGCCCAGUAGAUAGAGAUAAUAUCAUACAAGGUUGUUCCACUGUCCAGAGCAAUGCUAUAGAACCAAACUCAAGAUCUAAGGAGGAGAAUACAAAUCAUGACAGUUUUACUCAUGUCUGUAACCCAACUGAAGAUCAUCCUCAGUACAGUUGUCCUGCUGAGGAGGCCGUACUACCUGACAUGACCCAGCUGUUAUUGCGACACUUCUCUGAGGAAGAGCUGCUGGACUCAUGUAGGCUGAUUGAAGCUGAGACGUUGCCAGAGGUGUCCCUUCUGGAGAGCAGUGAUGAAACUCUACGUAGUAGUGCCCUUACGGACAACAGAACAGAAAGUCAAAGAAAUCUUAAUAGCAACAAAGGCACCUCUGUUGUUGAUUACAAGAUAAAUCAGAGUCUCUUCCAAGGAUACAUAGGCAGGACUGGUGAUAAGAGUAAUAGUGCUUCAGAAAUAUCAGCAAGUCUGGAACAAGAAGGUGAAAACACAUCCAAGAGUAUGACCUCCUCUGAUAGCAACAUAUCAAAUGCUGUGAGUAUAAAUAAACAGGACAGCGUGGACAGCAGUGCCUCAGAUCUAAUUAAGAAGGAGAAACCCAAAGAAGAUGGUCAGGUAGAGAAAGUCUCACUUGUGCGUACCAGGUCCUUCAGUGAGCUGAAAUAUGGCCAAGGCCAAGUCCAUUACCCUCUCCCUGAUUUCUCCAAGGUUGCCCCAAAGGUAAAAAUCCCCAAAACUCCUGGUGGUCCUACCAGGACUAUUGCCCAGCCCUCUAACACCAUGCACAGAGCUCAGUCCUCCCCAGGGAUGCUACAGGUGAUCAGCAAAGUACUUGAGGAUUCAAUCCAGCCGUCAGAUAAGCCUUAUGUCUUCAAAGACCAUGACAAACAGGCUGAUGCCCCAGCCCCAGCACUGGUGCACCACCUACAGGCUGAGUAUGAUAAAUUACUAACCAAAUAUGCCGAGGCAGAGAACCUUAUUGACCAAAUGAGAUUGGGUACCAAAACCCCCUCAGACCUUCCAUUCGAGUUAGACUGUGGUCUGGGCAACCCAGUUGAGGGGAGCCAUUUUGAAUCACUGGCUCCUCCCCUUCCGCCAACAGGAGAGUUUGAUGAGGGUCCAACCCAUCAGAGCAGCACUUUGCAGCUGAACAUGACUCCCCCCAGCAGCCUUAACAUCGAGGGUCCUAGCGAUGGGGAAAGAAUGACCACUGAGCUUACAGACAUCAUCAGCCAGUUCAUGAAGCAGGUGGAAGAAUUCAAAGUGUGUCUCAGCAGUAUGUCAGCUUGCACUACAGAACAGCAAGCUAUGUUGAGGAGUAUGAUGGAGGCGCAGGACCAACUUGAGAGGAAGUACAUUAGCAAGAAAGAGGAGCACAGAGCUCUGGAGAUGCAGAAUUACAUGGGCCUGUCCAGAAACACUGGGACCUUUGAUCCAGACAGGCUGUUGGAGGGGGAUAUUUUCCGGAUAGGGAUGCACCUUGAAGACAUAAAAGACACGAUAGAUAAGAAUUUAUGUGAGCAACUCUCCACUGCCACCUCAUCCUCCACGCCCACACCUAUGUUCCCACCCCCAUCACUGAGUGUCAAGCCCAGUACGCCAGGCCUGCCCACCCCCUCACCUCCACAAUCCCAGUUUAAGGGGCCAAGUGCACGUUUUUCCACUGUGGGUUGUGAGACGGAGAGAAGUAAAGAACUACAGGUGGAGAAGGUGAAAGAGGUCUCUGAGGUCCACCAAGUUCAUGGAAUAAAGCAAAGCAGUGGGCUUAUAACCUCUGACUCGCUGUUGAAUAACAGUGGCCACAGCAGCAGCCACUCACGGAGCUUACAACGGUCUCUGGAGAGACCAGAAAUCGCUACAACUGAAGAUGAGGAGGAAGAGGAGAGGAGCUCUAUCUUGUCGGAGGAAAUAGAUCAUGAUAACGUCUUUGCCUAUUUGACAGAAAGAAGCUCAUCUCCAAGACUCAGACAGCAGGCACCCGGAAGUAUUAGCACCCAGGACAGUGCCCCGAGCCCAGAGAGCGACUAUGAUCUGGGUGCUGGUACAAGUCUGGCUGUGGAGGUGUCCCAUUCCUCAGAUGUCUCAAAAGCCCAAAGUCUGUCAGGCCCAGCUCUGAGCAGUGCAUCUACGCCCGAGAGGAAUGUGAGCCCUGAGACGGACAGUGGUUUCGGGAGCUCUGACUUGGGUCAACCAGCCACAGGAAUAUAUCAGCCAAAACUACUCGCAGAGAGUGCACAACCCCAGAACCAUUGCUCAAGUGGUUCUGAAAGUGAGGGCUCCUGCUCCAACCUGCUGACAGCCGUCCACCCAGCCGUCGUGGCAAGCACACAGAGGGCCAGCCCCCAGUUGCACGUCCAGACCCAGCCCUGUGGUGCAGGCACUGCGGUGGAGCUGUGGGUUGAGAGCACCACUAAAGGACCACCAAUGAGGCCAGAGGAGCCCGUGCUCAGCAGCACCAUGGGUACACCACAGCGAGACAGCAACCUACACACUUGCUCCUGUAAUAGCGACGCCAUCUUUGCUCUACAGUCAGAAGUAUUGAGGUUGAAGAAGGACCUGGAGGAGGGCCUGGUCCAGCUGCCACAUCUGAUGCAGAGGAUGGACUACCUCGCCUCCGAAUACAGACAGGAUCGUCAAGGCCGCAGGGCUAAAAUCAGACCCAGAACUCACCACAAACUAACCUCUCAUCGUUUGCUGAAGAUAGAAGACUGGAUCUCCUCAGACAUGGACCCCAGCAAGAGCAGAGCCACAGACAGCGGUGACACAGACAGCUGUGUGAUCACGCUGCAGGUCCACAGUACGCCUGUAGGGGGCAGGAGAGGCAGCACCAGCCUCCUCUCCGGGGCUGAGAGGGCAGGGAAACCUCAGGACAAACGGAACUCCAGCAAAGGGCUGGAGGUGAACAGCGCUGUGAAAACCUCUGAUCUUGCCAAUUCCAGUUUGAAGAUGUGGCGACGGGGGCUCUUUUACAACAAAUCCACCCACAGAAUACUGUCAGGGGAAACAGAGAGUAUGCAGUCCAAGGGACGACUGUCUCCUUCCUCUUCCUCAUCUCACCAAAAACCCCUCCUUCAGGUCAAUUAUGGCUCCUCCUGCAGCCUGCCUGCUAGCUACAAAGUGAGGGAGCCACCAGCGCAGUCCGCCGCCUGCUACCGGAAGCAUUCCACCCAGUCGGACACAGCACUCCUGCCCAGCAAUGUGUACUUCCAGCGGACGAUGUCUCCAGAUACAGUCCUGUCCAAGACUGGAAGCAGGGCAAGAAGACACAGAGGAAGCAAGGAGCAGGAGAUGAGCAGGACUCUUGACAGGGCCAUUGAGGUUGCCCGCAGCAUGAAGAGGACCACCGACUGCAUGGCCAAAAGCCUGUCCGCCGACCUGGCCAAGACCCAGGUCUACAGGAAGCUGCGCAGCGAACAGCUAGCGGGAGGCAGGACCCAGAGUGGCCUAAAGCACAUCAGUUUACCCUGCCCUCAUUAAACAUCUAGUCCCAGUCAUACUGGAGAGACCGCUUAUGCACUUGAAAUGCUCUGCAAGAUGAUGCAAAA